AUGGCCGUACUCAACGCCCUGAAGAGUGAGAUAUUAGAUAUGGAUCUUUGGGUAUUACGAACAUGGUCAAGAGCUUACGAAAUAAUCAUAGCUGGCACAAGAUGUUGCACAACUCUCCACCGUAAGGGUAUCGGCAGGAAAAGCGCCAGGAGUCAGAGCACGACCAUUAUUUGCCUCUGUAUAACAACCGAAAUAGUUGAACGGCCCUGCGGAUGGUACAACUCUCAGAACAGUUGGCGUUGGUGUUGGGGACGCGCUUGUGCUAGAGCUUGAUGCUAUUAUGCUACUUGUCGGAACCAAAACUGCACUUGAGAUCAGAGAGCUGGAGCUUGAGAGGCUCGACGCGAUUGCGGAGCUGCUUGUAGAUACUGAUGGACUGCCACUAGACGAUGAUGAUGAUGAUGAUGGCGAGAUCGCGCUGCUUGAGACAGGACUCGAUGUAAGCACGCUACUCGAGCUCGACACACUGGCUGAGUUUCUUUUAGAUGUCGAGGCAGAGCUAGAUAGACUCGAGGUCAAUAUAAUAGAGCUCGAGGUUGGGACAAGCGAACUCGAAGAUCCAACAUUGAUUACAGCCGACGAGGAAGAUGAGAUAUCGAUAGUCAAACUGGAGCUUGGCGCCUUGGACGAGGAACUUAGCAAUUCGCUGCUGCUAGAUGAACUAGAUGGCUUCACUGAAGAAGAUGAAGACUCCGAAAUAGUAACACUCGAGGUUGGAUUCUUGGAUGAAGAGCUGCUAGCACUGGACGAGCCGGAGAUUGCGGAAGAGGAUGACGAUAAUGUGGCGCUCGAAGUCGACGCUUGGGAGGAACUUGGCGAACUGCUCGCUGUUGGAGAUAGUGCUGGACUGCUAAAUGAAGACGACAAGACCUUGGUACUCGAGCUUGUCGGUGACGUGGCGGUAGAUGACGAGCUUGAUGUAACAGGAUUUAACGAACUUGAUGAAGAAGUUGUGGGCAAUUGUAGGUUCAAACUGAGGACAGAAGAUGAUGAACUGCUGGAUGGCAACUGAGAUGACGAAGUGGUAGGCACGGCAGAGCUGCUGGAAACAACCGAGAUGCUAGAAACUACCGAGCUAGCGGAGGUUGACAACGUUCUCUUUGAAUCAAGUUAUAACAUAUUCAAUGUAAUAGGAUACCAGAACUUGCUUACCGUAGACGAAGCAACCACAGAAGAGACCGUCGAUUGCGAACCAAUGUAA